CGAAAUUGUAAAAAGGAUCGUGCGUGUAACUAUAAAUUAAAGGGGCAAUUGAAUUAGGAAAUCAGAGAUUAUCAGAUUCACAUUCGGAACGAGGAGUUGUCAGUCGAAAAUCACUAUUGGCAGACGAAGAACACUGGCAUUGCGUUUGACUGUCAAUUUCUGAAACAUUCGAAACAAAAAUGGGUGUUGAUGAUGUGCCGAUGGACGAUAAAGCUAAGAGAAUGAGAGAUCUGUUAUCAAGCUUCUAUUCUCCUGAUCCCAGUUCUCCUUCAAAGACGCCCAAUGCUUCUUCCAGAUUCGCUACAUUGGAUACCAUCAACACCACCACAUUCGAUGCCGAUCAAUACAUGAAUCUUCUUGUGCAGAAGUCCAAUUUGGAAGGUCUGCUUCAGAGGCAUGUUGAUAUGGCUGCUGAGAUAAAGAAUCUAGAUACCGACCUGCAGAUGUUGGUAUAUGAGAAUUACAACAAGUUUGUAAGUGCCACUGAUGCUAUUAAAAGGAUGAAGAACAAUAUUGUUGGCAUGGAAACAAAUAUGGAACAGCUUCUUGAAAAGAUAAUGUCUGUUCAAUCUAGAAGUGAUGGGGUUAAUACAUCUCUUUUUGAGAAGAGAGAGCACAUUGAGAAAUUGCAUCGGACCCGCAAUCUUCUACGGAAAGUUCAGGCUGGUUAAUCAUGGAAUAUUUAUGAUUGAAGGGCAUUAGAUGGUGACUGGCAGUGAAUUGUAUGUUAGAGUUUCCCACAUUGGUUGAGAGAAUGGACUGAUGCCUUCUCAUAUGCUCUUGUUCAUAUACGAUCUACCUGCUACGUUGGCAAAGUGCAUCAAAUCAGAAGCCUAUGCUGAUGCAGUAAAAUACUAUAUAGGAGCCAUGCCCAUUUUCAAGAUAUAUGGGGACUCUUCAUUCCUAGACUGCAAACGAGCCUCAGAGGAAGCAAUUGCUAUCAUUAUCAAAGCCUUGCAGGGCAAGGUAUUCUCAGAUUCUGAAUCCAUACAAGCCAGGGCAGAGGCUGUUAUGCUCCUUAAGCAAUUGGAUUUUCCGGUUAAUAAUUUGAAGGAGCAACUCUUUGAAAAGUUAGAACAGUUCCUUGUGGAUCUCCAUCUAGAUUAUAAGGAAAUAAGAUAUGCUUCAUCAGGGCUUGGUGGGAUUCCUGUAUCGGCUUCUUCCAGUGCUCAUGAGGCUUCUAUUCGUGAAUUUGCUGAGGCUGUCCGCGCUUAUCGAGUUAUUUUCCCUGAUUCCGAACAACAGCUCUUUAGACUUGCAAAAGAGUUAGCUACAAAGCACUUUGAAGCCACAAAACAGCACAUCAAGAAGCAGGUCUCUUCAACAGACCUUGUUGCCAUGUUGCGAGUAAUUUGGACAGAUGUGCUUCUGAUGGAUGAAGUGCUGCCAGAGGCCGGACUACGUGAUUUUACGUUUGAGGCUGCUCAUGAUGCUAUCAAACAAUAUGUUGCUUGCAGAUUCAGUCAUCUUUUGCUAGAUAUUUCAGAUGCUCUUGUAAAAGUCCAUGAUAAUCAAAAGGGGGUAAUUGAAGAAGAGCAUCCUUUGCAGUCUGCCCUUGAGACCAGCAAAAAGGCAUUAGUACAAGGCAGCAUGGACGCCUUGCUGGAUUCCCGCCGACUUCUUGAUGAAAACUUGGAAGUGCUAUCAAGUUUGACAGACUUGAUCAUUGAGUGGGUGCAAGAAGGAUUUCAGGACUUCUUCAGGAAGCUAAAUGAUCACUUUUUCAUGCUUUCGGGAAAGAAAUAUUCUGCUAAUGAGGAUCUAACCUUUGGGGAAGGAAUGCAAGGUGAUAAAGUACUUCCCGAGCUUGUUCUUUUGCUGGCUCAACUCUCUGUUUUCAUUGAGCAAAAUGCCAUUACCAGAAUCACUGAGGAAAUAUCUUCUUUCUCUGGUGGCGGGACUCGGGGCUAUGAAAAUAGUUCAGCUUUUGUUCCUGCAGAAAUUUGUCGCAUCUUUCGAUCAGCUGGUGAAGAACUCUUGCAGCAUUAUAUAAGCUUGAAAACUCAGAAGAUCUUGAUUGUGUUGAAGAAGAGGUUUACAACCCCCAAUUGGGUUAAGCAUAAAGAGCCCAGGGAAGUUCAUAUGUUUGUUGAUCUGCUUCUUCAAGAGUUGGAUACAAUCCUUAAUGAAGUGAAGCAAAUAUUGCCUGAAGGACUACAGCCUAAGCAUCGGCGCACAGACAGCAAUGGGAGUGCCACUUCUUCUCGUAGUAAUCCGUUGAGAGAUGAUAGGCUAGUACGAUCAAAUACCCAAAAGGCCAGGAGUCAGCUUCUUGAGUCCCAUUUAGCAAAAUUGUUUAAGCAGAAGAUGGAAAUAUUUACUAAAGUUGAACACACACAGGAAUCAGUCAUAACUACGAUUAUAAAACUUUUCUUGAAGAGUUUACAAGAAUUUGUCCGACUUCAGACUUUUAAUCGGAGUGGAUUUCAACAAAUUCAGUUGGACAUUCACUUUCUUAAGACCACUCUUAAAGAUACGGCUGAAGAUGAAGCAGCUGUUGAUUUUUUGCUUGAUGAGGUGAUUGUUGCUGCUGCUGAACGUUGUCUUGAUCCCAUCCCCUUGGAACCAGCCAUCUUGGACAGGCUUACCCAAGCAAAGUUGGCAAAGAAUUCGGACCAGAGCUCUACUUCAUAAUUAUCUGGGAGGCUGGGAGCUCAAAUGCAUCGUUCUACUGCGACUCUGAGCUGGAAGUAAUCAGUAAACAUAACACCAAAUGCAUUUUUUUAUAGGUAAAGCAUAAAACUCAAUGCUAGGCACAUAUUAGAAGAAAAAACUUGCUUUAAAGCCUUUCUGGGCUGGAGGUUUUCAAGAUUUAGAGUCAUCGAGUUCAGAAUGGAUGUAACAUGUUAUAUGUUCACAUUUUUUUUUUCUUAUUACGUAUGUAUUGAGUGAUUCGACUCGAAAAUAGUGGAUUCAAUUAAACUAAUUGAAUUUUCUAUAGAUAAGCAUUCACCAUAGGUCCAUAGCAUAUGCAUCACUUUGAUUGAGAAUGGAAGCAUUGCCAAGCAGCUCACCUAAUUUCACGACCAAUCACAUUGCAACUGAAUUCAUGGAUCACUAGUUCAUUAAGGGGCAGCAUUUCCAAUUGAAAGAAGGGGUACAGUGGAUUUUGUAAUUUGUCAAUUCAUUUUAUUUACCUCAUGUUAUUAUGAUC